AUGGUUAUGUGUUUAGGAGAAGCACGUGGCAAUGCUUCUCUAGCUUUGAGAAUUUACCGGGAAAGAUUUCCUAAUGUGCAUCAUCCAGGAGACUCUCGAACCAUUACUGCUGCGUUUCAACGACUGUUGGAGAAUCAACCGAUCGUUCCGGUGGCGGUCGGCGGUGGGCGACCAAUAGACAUUGCAGCCGAGGAGCGUAUUCUCGAUGUGAUCCAACGCAACCCCCGUUUGGGCACGAGGACUGCUGCGAAGUUACUGCAGCGGCCAAAUGGGCCCUCAGUUUCGCAUUGGACGGUGUACAAAGUUUUGCGAAGAAACAGAAUGCGGCCUUACAAAAUUCAUAAAGUGCAAGCUUUGAUACCCGAAGACCUACCCCGUCGUCGCACUUUCUGCCGUUGGUUGUUGGAUCAACAACAGCGUCUUCCAGGAUUUAUUCAGCAUGUUAUCUGGACAGAUGAAUCUACAUUCACAAGGAACGGCAUGUGGAAUAGACGAAAUUCACAUUUAUGGUCUGAAACCAAUCCACGUGCCACUCAAGAGACUGGCCACCAAACCCGAUGGUCGGUCAACGUUUGGGCUGGCGUCUUCAACAAUGUUAUUUUUGGGCCGGUGUUUCUACCACAACGACUUGACGGAGCUGGGUAUCUUAGGUUCAUUAAUGAGAGCCUUGAUGAAAUUCUUGAAGGCAUAUCAUUAGCUGAGCUAAGAAGGGCUUGGUUUCAACACGAUGGCUCACCGCCGCAUGUGGUACGGCCGGUACGUGAGCGUCUCACUGAACUAUUUGGUGACCGUUGGAUCGGGCGAUUAGGACCGCAAGCCUGGCCACCACGAUCUCCUGAUUUGACACCUUUGGACUUUUUUUUGUGGGCGUGUGUUAAAGAAAAAGUGUUCAAUAGAGUUUGUGACAGUGCUGAGGAAAUGCGGGCAAGAAUUGUGAGUGCAUUCGAGACAAUAAGAACGAGUUGUAUCGAGGACUCAACUCUCAUGCCUCGACUUCACGAAGAGACGCGGCGACAGGCUCGAAUUUGUGUUGAGAUGAAUGGGGCACAAUUCGAGCCACACUUAGUUAGACCGCGGAGAACAUGAACAGGUAAGUACGUUUUUGCAUUACAAUAAAAAUCAUGAUGUUAAGUUUAACUGGUUAAAUUAAUCGUUACUUAUAAUAAAAUUAAAGGUUAUUGUAAUAAAUUACUUUACGUAGUAUGUAGUACUUACGAUCGUCUCUGUGUGUGUUUGUGUGAGCUCGUUUAUGCAUGUGUGCAACUAUCAAAAGCGCUCGCGCCGCGCGGUCGUUCACCCGUGUAUUUGUACGUUUUACAUUGCGUGCUUAGAAAAUACGAUUUCGUUAAAUACUAAUUAUUCAAGUAAACAAAUAUUUUUGUAGGACUCCAUUAAUAUGGUAUAAUAACCAUGUUAAAGAUUCGGAAGCGUUUUCCUAACACCUUGUAUAUAUAUUGACGGGAGUACAAAAUGAGCCUGUUUAAAAAUGUAUGACAUGUAUUAUUAUAUAUGUAUCUGUUACCUAUAAUGGAACAACUACUUGACUUAAAGAAGCAGUUUGACGAAGGCGACACAACGAAUUACCAAACAAACGGCGAAUUCGACCUGGUGAGCUUCGAGGCGAUCCGGCAUAAUCAGUUCUACUCUUGCUGCGUGGAACCCUAUCCUGACAUCACCUACGUCAUUAAGUUGCGAAGACGACCGAUGUUCUAUGUCUUCAACCUCAUACUACCCUGUUUACUAAUCAAUGGAAUAGCUCUUCUGGUAUUCUACGUGCCGUCAGAAUCAGGAGAAAAAGUGACACUCGGUAUAAGCGCUCUAUUAUCCAUGACAGUUUUCCUGAUGACUAUACGAGAUACUCUACCACCUACGGAGAAGACGCCACUAAUUAGUUUGUAUUAUGGAGUUAGUACGUGUUUAGUAUCAUUCUCUGCAUCACUCUCCGUGGUCACCCUUAACAUAUCGUACAGGCAAGUUUUAUUCGUUCUAUUUUGA